GGGGGCGGUUACUGCAGCUGGUGUCACACAGUCACUGCGGGUUAUAGUGACGGUCUUCGCUUCGGUCAGCUGUGUACUGCAGAGAUGUUUAACCAGUCGCAGCAGUUCCAUCAGCUAAUGCAGCUUCAGCAUCUUCUACAGCAGCAGCAGCAGCAGCAGCAGCACCCAGCAGCGCAUCACCAAGCAGCGCAUCACCCAGCAGCGCAUCACCACACUUUACCCAGGGUGAUGCCCGCGCCAGUUCAGCACCAGCCCCCCCAGCAGAUGAUGAAUUUUCAUGCAGCUAAUCCUGCCAGGCUUCUCAAUACUCACCCUAUGGUACAGCGUGCUCUGCUCAUGCAGCACAUGCAGGGUAACUUACGAGGUAUGAGCGUGGCAGCUCCUCCAAUGCCACAUUUCUUCCCUGCGGCUGCAAGACAGUCCAUCCUAGGUACCCCACCUAUGGGAGUCACUGUGAAGCCACCUCGUAUGGGCUUUCCUGGAAUGCCUUUCCCGCAAGCUCACCGUAUGUAUCAGAAGGAUCACUACAGGGGCUAUGACCGUAAGCGGGAAAGUGAACAGAGCAACGCCAUUAAAUCUACAGGAACUAGCGAUCAGAAGCUAGACAAAGGCGAAGCGGAGCUCCCACCUUCAGCAUCUGAAGCCGAUGAGAUCGGGAGCUGCUCUGGAGACUCUGAAAAUCUAACUGAACGCAGCAAUUCCGACCCCCUCGAACCUUCAGCCAAGAGAGUGAGAAGCAACUCUCAGACUGCUGCAGCCGAGGAUGACACCCCAGUAGGCGAGAAUACAGAGGAAGAAGAGGGAGCUGGUGAGCGCAGUGUGAAGUCAGAGCACCCAGAGGGGGUCAGCGCAGGUCGUGCACUGAAAGUGACCAUACAGCAGAGGAGCAACAGUCGGACAAUCAGCACCGCAGCUCUGAAUCCAGCACAGACUGGGCCAAGGUUCUUCUGUUACAUAUGUAAAACCAACUGCAACAGUUUGCAGAAUUUCCAGUCCCACCUAGUGACCGCUCGCCAUCAUCAGCUGUUCCAGGAGAUACAGCAUCUCAGUAACGCCUGUUUGGUCACCUUAUUGCCCACAGCAAAGGACAACCAGCUCCCUGCUAUUGGAAAAGAUGGAAAAAAGAAGCCGUUUAGGUGGUGCAAUGUCUGCCAGAUUCACUUCAGCACUGACCUCAUAAAACAUCGGCGGACACCAGAGCAUAAGAUGGCCAAGCGCUCUUUGAGACCCUUCUGUACUGUCUGCAGCCGCCACUUUAAAACCCCUCGCAAAUUUGUGGAACAUAUGAAAUCCCCAGAGCAUAAACAGAAGUCACUGGAGGUUAGGAUGGGGGACAAAGAGACACUGAUUCCUGAAGACUCUGAAGAGCUGAUUACAGUGGAUGCAGUGGGGUGCUUUGAGGAUGAGGAGGACGACGAUGAUGAAGAUGAGGAAGAGGGCAUCAGUGAGGAUGACUCAUCUGGGGACACAGGAUGGAUGCAAACUGAGGGGAAGGAGAUGAACGCUAGCGAUUAUGAACAAUGCAACAAAUAUAGCGUAGACACUGCGUAUGGCCUGGAUUUUGUGGUCCCCGUCGCGGGAUAUCUCUGCAGGCUGUGUCACAAAUUCUACCAUAAUGAUUCUGCUGCUCGACUCUCACACUGCAAGUCCCUGAUGCAUUUUCAGAACGUUCAGAGAUACCAAGCUGCCAAGAAUCGAGCAGCCACCCAGCAAGAGAUUACAUCCCACACCGCAAAAGUUGUGGAUGAGACUGCAGCAGUGGGAAAGCCCACAGAAGAAUUUACUGAUGGGAGUCCAAGGACUCAGAGAAGUGUCUUGAGCCCAACAGGUUCUCCUGUUAAAGUGUCAAGUCAAGAUGACGAAAAGAAUGAAUUGGGAGGAGACCUGUUUGUAGAAGAAAAGGACACCCAUUCAGGUCAAAUAGCAUCAAGUGACACACUUCAAGGUGAAAAAGAGCAGUCGUCUGGCUAUGAGGUGGAAGCAGAAACUCUAAAGGAUCCAGAGAGCGAAAACACGAGUGGAACUACAAAUUCCCAAGAGGAAUCCUCUUUAACCCAAGAAGAUGGCGGUGCCUCCAACUGCCGGCGCUCUUCACGACAUAAAUCCAGAUAGCCAGAAAAACUGUAUGUGUAGUGCUUUACUAACUUCCUUAUAUGUUAAGCAAAAGAAACCAAUUCUUUUUUUAGAAUAAACUUGUAAUUACGUCUCUUGA